AUGUUGGCUUUAAGCUAUCAAGAUUUACCGCCACAAGUAAAGCCAUGUUUUCUUUACUUGAUGCUCUUUCCUAGAGCAUUUGAGAUCCCUGUGAGGAGGUUGAUUCAUCAGUGGUGUGCUGAGGGAUUUACAAAAUCGUUUGAUUCUCAUGAUCAAGAUAUAGUCCCUGAAGAUGUAGCAGAAAUGUACUUUGAAGAACUAGUUAUCAGAAACUUGAUUCAAGUAACUAUAUGGAGAUUAGAUGGACGUCCAAAAUCAUGUCGCAUCGCUACAGUUGUAUAUGAUGCCUUCUGUCAAAAAGCAUCGGAUCUGGGAUUCGUUUAUAAUCCACUCCAUUCAUCUCAUACAUCCACCCAAUUUGUUGUUCGGCGACUUUCACUGUACUUGAAUGUCAUCAAGUUCCCCACUCCAAAUCAUCCUCAUCACUUUCGCUAUAUACGUUCUUAUGUUGCUUUUGACUCCCAAAUACGACGCACAGGUACUAAAGGGAUUGCAUCCUUCCUCAAGUCCUCUAUAUCAAACAGGGGGUUUUGCUUGCUGAAGGUGCUUGAUCUUGAGGGUGUAUACAAACCUGAGAUAGAUGAUGAUGUUUUGGAGAAACUAUUGCGUUUGAGGUACAUAGGCUUGAGAUCAACUUUUAUUGAGUACCUUCCACGUUCUGUGAGCCAGUUGCCAGAUCUGGAGACUUUAGAUUUGAAGCACACUCGCAUAAGAGACAUAUUAUAUCUUGUAUGUGGUGCAGAGAAGCUGCAACAUCUCUAUUUGAACUGGAUUUAUCAGGAUAGGGCUAGGUGGGGAGUCUAUUUGCCGUUACUAAAGAACCUUCGUACUUUAUGGGGGCUAAGGUUGUGUGGUGGUCUUCGUAACAUAGAUGAUCUCAACAAGCUGACAUGCCUCAGAAAGCUAGGGCUGAAAUUUAAGGAAUCUGUCAACAAGUCAACAAUAUUUGAAUGGGUUUCUCAACUUACUAAACUUCAAUCAUUGAAGCUGGGAUGCUUAGAAUAUACUCCAGGUUCAAGAUUGUUGAAAAUGGCAGAGCAUUACAAGCUAAAUGACCUGUAUUUGGGAGGUACACUGCUACCACAAAAAUCUGAAGAAUUACUUCAUUUUUUUCCUCCAAACCUCAGGAAGUUAACUUUGUCUCUUUCAGAGAUAGAAUACGAUCCAAUGCCAAUACUAGGGGAGUUGCCUGACCUAAACAUCCUGAGGCUUUUGGCUGAUUCCUACAAGGGUAAACAAAUAAAAUGUUUAUCCAGAGGAUUUCCCAAACUUCAUGUCUUGAAACUUUGGAAGCUUCAAGAGUUGGAAAGUUGGAUAGUGGAGGAAGAAGCGCUGCCUCGCCUUAUAGAAACAGAGGUCAGAAGCUGCAGAAAAUUGACAUCCAUUCAAGGGUUGGAAAAUGUUACCACUUUGAAAGAAAUAGUAUUAACAAGCAUGCCAUCGGAAUCUCACUCGCUGCUUCACCAUAAAAAUACAUCCAUCAAAAUUAACAAGUGGCGUAAUCCUCCUCUUUGA